AUGAGUAAAGAGUCUUCGACUGUUACUAUAACAGAGAAGUUAACGAAGAUAAAACCUUCGAAGACUUUCAACUACCAUAAGGGAGGUAGUAUAACAUCACUUGACUUUGAUGAUUCAGGGCAAUAUUUAAUAUCGGCAGGAAUAGAUAAAUCAAUACAGUUAUAUGAUGUUCACAAAGGUACUCACUAUAAAGACAUUCAAUCACAAAAAUAUGGGGCUCAUUUAGCUAGAUUCACUCAUAAGGAUCUUGACUGCCUUUAUGUAUCUACACCUUCAAGUGUACCGGGCACUGACGGUGCAAAUGGUAAAAUCGAUGAAUCUGAUAAAGAUCUCAAUGCUAUACGAUACUUAUCGUUAGCGGAUAAAAAGUACAUACGAUAUUUCAGAGGACAUAGUGAUCAGGUCUUGUCUUUAGAGGUUGAUCCCGUACAUGAUUUCUUCUUGACUUCAAGUACUGAUGGAACAGUGAAAUUAUGGGAUACUAAGACCCCAUCUUGUACGGGUAACAUUGAUGUUGGACAGAGUUCUUAUGUGGCAUACGAUCCUCAUGGUAUAGUCAUUGUUGUAGCUAAAAUUCCAAAUGUAUCUGGUGAUAAGAAUGAAUAUGUAGAAGGAGAAUUGGAAUUUUACGAUGCAAAAUCAUUAUUGAAACCUUUUAUGACAACUAAAAUAAGCACCAAGUCGUUCAAAUGGAAUAAAGUUGAGUUUUCAAACACCGGGAAGUUGAUAUUGAUAUCGACAGAUGGUAACGAACAUUAUAUAAUAGAUGCAUUUUCAGGUCAACUUAUCACAAUCUUGACAACAGGUUCCAGAACAAAUGAAAUCAGAUCCAACUAUCCUAAUUACGGAUCUUCUUGUUUCACCACUGAUGGGAAGUAUGUCCUUGUGGGAUCAUCAAAUUCAUCACUCCUGAUCUUCGAUUUAACUAAUUUGAAGCUAACUAAUGGAUCAGAAAUUGUUAAAGAAUCUGACAAUCCAAAGAAACUUUUACCAUUAAAGACUAUACAAUCAAACCAAGGUGUCCCAAGGAUUGUAUCCUUCAAUCCAAAACUUUUCACCCUUGCUACAGCUGAUAACUCAGUCAGUCUUUGGCAACCCCUGUAA